AUGACGGAAGAGAAGAAACCGGCUUCGAUGGGCUUCUUCUCCAGCUACGACGAUCUGAGCGACAGCAGCAGCGACUCGGACGAGGAGCGGGGAGACGCGAAGAAGAAGCAGCCCGCCGCCGAAGCUCCGGGUCAGUCCUCCCAGCAAGGCACCAAACGAGCCGCCGGUUCAGCUCCUCUACCCAGGCCCGACGAGCUGUUCAGCUCCGUGUCCAAACCGGCGUUCCUCUACAACCCCCUGAACAAAGAGAUAGACUGGGACAGCCUGACGGUCAAAGCUCCUGAAGAGCCCGCCAAAGAAUUUAAGCCGUGGAAGACGAAUGCGGUGCCCCCUCCUGAGAGCUACACUGCAGAGCCAGAAAGGAAGAAGGGACCGCCUCCAGGAAUGGACAUGGCUAUAAAGUGGUCCAAUGUAUACGAAGACAACGGAGACGAUGCGCCGCAGCCAUACACAGGCAAAGCGCGGUUCUUACCCACAGAGGAGCAGCCCUCAGACUCUGAUGAGGAAUCGGCGGAUGCCAGCGCUUUGUCUGCCAAGAAGCGACGAGUGGAAACCUUCCAACAAAAGGAAAAGAGGAAGCGGGACUUGGGACAAGCCACCUCAGACAAGAACUUUGUAGAGGAGGAGAAAAGGAUCCUCAGGCAAAAGUUGGAGUGAAUCUUGACUGGUCAGGCAGCUGCAGAGAUAUUUGACAUCAACAGAGCAAUAUAAGCCGACUAGUUGUUUUGUACGUCAUACAUGGAGGCUCAGUUCAUUUAUCUGUUGACAUAUUGUAAUUUGUGUGCUUUUGAGUUGGUUUCAUCACACCUAAAGGACAGUUAAAAGUACAAUUUGUCUCUCUAAGCAAAAGCUUUAAAUCCAUUUGGAGCAUCAGUAGACAGUUCCACUGCAGAAUUUUCAGUCUGACAACUCAGAUUCUGAUAAUUAUAUCUUUAUUUCUUACUACCACAGACUGAGGAAAAGUUUGGGCUGGAUUUGAAACUGUGUCUGUACAUGCUCUCAUUCGUUCCGGUUGGAGGAAGCUCAGUGAAAAGUUGAAUAAGCUUGAAGCUGUGUUUCGAGUUCUAUAGUAAUCAGUCUAGAAUCAAAUCUACACAUUGCAUUUUGGUUGAUGUGGCUGGUUCCUUCACACUUCUGUUUUAACAAUAGAAGGCAUGACUUGGCCAACACAUGGUAUAUUGACGUAGACAACAUAACGAAGUGAAUAACAUUUUGCUUCAUCUACUCCUGUUGGAGGAUGGUAUAUAUUAGACAGCAAGUGAACAUUUUGUCCCCAAACUGAAGUGUUAGACAAAUAAAAAUGAGAACGUGUGAGGAUUUAAGUGAGUUUGACUGGCCAAAUUAUGUUGACUUGAAUGACUGGUUGAGAGUAUUUUUAAUACUGCAGUCUUUGUGAAGAGGUGGAAGUGGUUUGAUUUUUUAAAUUGCUUUUUUUUUUAAACUCUUACAAUGAAGUACAGUUUAAAACACAAUGUCAUUCAGAUCUGACUUGACUUAUAGUUUUGGCUGUUGAAGUUAGCAAGCUGACUAGCUAGCCGUAGCCACCAGAACAAUGAGAAACUGAGCAGUGAACAGAAACUGGCUUAACAGACUUAGCGUUGGCAAUGCAGUUCAUCUUGGAUUAUUAUGGGUGCUUUGUUUUAGCCUGCUAAAACUCACUGGCGGAUAAAUAAAUGGGUGAAAGAAUAAAAACAACAGCAGAAACCCUUGACCAUUCAUAUUGGUCAGAAUGAACCUGUAGUGAGGUUAAACCCUUUCUUCAUCUGUUGACCAUGCUGUGUUCACACUCAGGUGGGAUUUUAAUCAAACAUUUACGCUUAUUUGUUCAGAACAAUCCCAUCUGAGAAGUAGGUCUGUUUGGUGUAGACAAGGUGUGGAUGGUUCACAUUUCCAUUAAUUGAACCCAUCGCCACAGAAAUCCUACCAGCAUUACUCAUGUGAACACAUUGGUUCGUUUGCUUAAACCUUCACCAGUUUUACAGUGACGCCAUGUAUGAACACAGGUGCUGAUGAGUUAUCCCUGUAUGGACUCUGUAUUUAAUCCCACACCGGGAUCUCUGGACAAACAAGCCAUUCUAUUCUAUAAACCAGUUGUUAGCCUUCAAACUUAUUUAACCUGUGCUGUCGUUUUUGUGGCUUCUCAGUGAGAAGGUAUUGUUUCGCGUCUGGAUCAGAGCCUUACUCAACUGACUUUGCUUGACUGACAGAUACUCAUGCUUAUUCCCACAAUCCAACGGUCCCUGUGAAGGAAGGUACACAGAUACAAGUUUUACAGUGUACUUUCACAGCUACAAAAUCCACCAGUUCACACACCAAUGAAGAAAACUGCUCACGUUCAAUAUGUGGAAAGGGCAAGGUGAGGAAUUGAACCUGUGGACCUAGAGACAGCCUGCUCAAACGAGCCACAGUCUAUCAGCAUGAGUGGAUUGAUCUUGUUCUGAACUUUGCUACUUAUUCAGUGGUUUAGUUUCACUUUGUUGGAAUCAUAGGUUGAGGUAGUGUUCUUUUUUGAUGCUUGUGGAUUAUCAUGUAUUACCCUAAAUGCCACUGAGUGGACUGUGUUGAUGCUCUGACUUUGCUUUUCAAAAAUAGUAGUGAAGCGGUUGUGAAUGUUGAAUUUGCUUGUAGUUUCUGCUUACAGGCACAAGGUGGCACCCUUAAGUCACAUUUUAUCAUCUUGUAAUGUUUUUCAAUACCGUAAUAACAAUAACAAUAAAGCAAUGAGGGUCUUUUAUUUAAGAAAUUUGUAUUAUCUCAGUUCUCUUGAGAUAUUUGAUGCUCAUACACAGUCCAUCUAGUCUCAUGAUAUUUGUAUUAGAUUCUGAGGUUAAGCGAGUUCCCUAUAUCUCCCAAUAUUAUUACAGAUACUUGUUGGAGCCGUGUGUUGCUUUGCAAACUGUUUGGUAUUUUCUGUAUGUUUCUUCAUUCAGGGGGAAUGACUUAAAUGGACGGUUUUGUAAUGUUAUCAUUGAAACAUUAUUUGUAAUUUACCAAUAAGGCAAUAAAGUGUGUCAUGUUGCACUGAAAUGUUCUGGCAUUAAUUUGACUGUU